AUGAGUUUUGAUAUUCCGUCCGUCGCUGAAAUCCAGCUCGCUGCCGAGCGGGGCCAGCGCAUCACGCAGGAUGAUGUUUCGGCUAUCUCGCAGGCCGAGAGCGCGCUGACUGGACGCGGACCUUCUCGGGGUGGACCAGCCGCAACGGCGCAAAGUCUUUCUAUGCGGCAAAGGAAUUUCGAAAAUAAGGUCGCGGAGGUAUCCCGGAAGCCAUCAAGUGCGAUUUCGCUAGAGGAUGCAGACGAAAUUCAAGCAACAGAGGGUCGUGCAUUUAACCAGCCACCAGGAGUCGGCUAUAUCUCCGCCCAGGUUCGGUCGAUCGCCGAUAGUAAUGAUGCAUGGGGACUUACAGCCGCGGCUGAUGUACCGGCAUAUAUCACCAAGGAUGAUGCCCGAGACGCGCAACAUGCCGAAGCUACCGUGUAUGGCGGUCAGAAUCCUAGGGGGGGAUGGCAGCUCAGAUGCAGUGCAGCGGACAAGAUCGAUAAUGCCCGACAAGGCAGUUAUGGCAGCUAUUAA